AUUUCCAUACAAUUAGUUUCUUUCUUUCGUGAAAGUUUCGCGAAUAAGUAACGUCUGUUAGGAAGUAGGAACACACUUGUGAGAAAAACAUUGGAAAGAUUUCGAAACGUAGCGAAACAAACAAAAACAGUCCGAUCGAUUUCAGAACAGGCUGCUGAUUACCGAAUUAACAUUUGACAAUAAGUGUUUUUCGAAAUUCGCAACGUUCCUGCUAGAAAAAAACAAUUGAAACGAAUAUUCGAAUCAACACGAAUCUCCACUUUCCGGGAACAUAAUUCCGAGUGAGGAUGAAGAGCAGGAGGAGGAGGAAGAGGUGAGACAUGGAAAAGGAGCUCCGUGGGAACGCUUAGAAAGGAAGGAAGAGAGGAAGAGAAGAUACGAAAGUAGAGUCUCUGAGAAAGACGUAGAGGGCUGCGAAAGGACGAAGAGACGAGAAGUGAGGGAGUGAGGGGGAGUGUGUGUGUGAGAGAGAGAGAGAGAGAGAGAGAAAAGAAGGGAUCUAGGAGUCCCCACUAUUAAAUCGCUCGAUGAGGGAGAAGAGAGGUAAGGAGGAAGAGGAGGAGGAGGAGAAGAGGAAGAAGAAGAAGAAGCUACAUUGGGGGCGGUCAGACUGUCUUCGUUCUCAGUAGAUUUCCAACAUUCGCAUAGUAGACUGUGAUCCAAAUGAAAGAUAAUUAAGACUCGGUCAAUCUUUCGAAAAGAGAAAAAAAAGAAAAAAACAAAGAUCAACUACUUACAAGAAUUCCAAAGGAAUUAACUAUGGAUCUAUAAUCCUGAUUUUCCUAAUGUUCUUCUACCGGAAAUCAUAAGAAGUGAUUAUUAACUGUCAGAGGAAGGCUAAUCUAAAACUGUCAACGGACAGAAGAAAACGUUCGUUCAGAGUACCGUUUUUAUUUGUCGAGACAAUAGAAGAAGAGGGUUUCGAGUCCCAUAAUUAGAGGAUUCAAUGGUAGUGCAGAAAAAAAAACAAAAGGUAUAACGCUUGGGGCGGUUCGCCUUGUCUCGAGCAUACACACACUCUCCUUGAGAGAGACCAGUCACGAAAAGCAACGACUCACGAAGAGUCUUUAAAGAAGUUAGAAGGAGAACCUUCAGGAGAGUAUACUUUGGAUCGUCUGACCAAGAAGACUUCAUUCGUUAACUCGGAGUCCAAUUGUACGGACAGAUGGAUCAUCGAUCUGUCUCUAAUAAUUUGUAGAUCGAAUAUGUCAAAUUGUACAAUAGUUCAUUCGCACUCAUGUGAUACAUUUGAGGAUCAAAGUGUUCCAACUUGUGGUAAAGUUUACCACGUAUUCUAGACUCGACCUAGACUCGGCAAAACUUUCGAAGCAGAAGUAAUAUAUAUAUAUAUAUAUAUAUAUAUAUAUAUAUAUAUAUUUUCUCGAGAGAAAGGAAGAUAUUAUUAUCCUUGGAUGCAUUUUAAAACAAAUUUCAACGCUAUUUUGACAUAACGGAGAGAGAGAGAGAGAGAGAGAGAGAGAGAGAGAGAGAGAGAGAGAGAGAGAGAGAGAGAGAGAGAGAGAGAGAGAGAAAGAACAUUAUUAAAUAAAAUUGAAGUCGAACGAUUCGCGCAUUUAAUUGCGGUUGAGUUUUUAACAUGGAAUUCAACGAUUCAUAGAUAUCUGAAAAGGAUAUCUCUUGGGAGAGAUAAAGGGAAACUUUCAUCGAGGUUUCUCGUGCCAGAUAACUUCUCGAUAUAUUCGCGUUUAUCGGUUCGAUGCUCGUUCUAUUUGUGCGCAAGGAACCGAACGGAAAACGUUAACGCGAGAAUCAUCUAUGGUAUUUGAAAUACUACUUUCCGACGAAGAAUUUGCCGCAAGGACGAAGAUCAAGGAUCUAUAGGAAGUUCUCCGUCAUCGACGGAGUAUGCAUCUUGUGGUAUAUUUCGACCUCUUUAUAACGGAUAUCGAAAGAUAUAUACGAAGCCGAUAACUAUUUUACUAGCGAUUGACAACGUCGUCGUAAAACUUUUGAGCGUCUCGUAAACGCAAACGAUUUACGAUUAGUAGUAUUGAACGGUCAUGAAGAGAUGAUCGAGAACGAUUUCAUCGUGGGAUACAUCAAAAGAAAAGGACAAACUUUGUUCGAUCUUUUUUUACUUGUAAAAGAAGAAGAAGAAGAAGAAGAAGAAGAAGAAGAAGAAAAAGAAAAACAAGAAAGGAAACCGUUCAAAGUGGUCCAGAGUGGAUGGAACAUAGAAUUACACUGAUCGAUCGAUCGAAGUAGCAAGAGCACGAAUUAGGAUGGGUCUAUCCAAGAUCGUGUUGAUACUCUUGCUGGCAGAAUUCAGUCAUGCCAGACCUCAAACAACCGAGACGGAAACGAGUUUACGACAGGAAAUAACGACUGAGACGAGCAAUAAGGAAUGGAAACCACCAAGAUCGACGGGAAAAACUACCGAAAAUGUCCGUCGAGGUGACAGCAGUGUUCAACUGACGAAUGAAACGCAACGCCAGCUGAAAGAUCUCCAGCACAUCAACCAGUCGUUAAGAACGGUCGCUACGCAGUUGCUAAAUGUAACGGGUCAUAACGAAGGGGUUAAAGACACGAAAAUCGAAAGGAAGGAUUCGAGAUUGAACGGGGAGAACGAUGCGUCCUUCGUGAAGGAAAUUAAUGCGGAGAUAAGUAAUCUCGAAUCGAUGGGAGUUAAUUUUGGUAGGCCUAUGAACUCGAAAUUUGGAUAUUUCGAGAGUAGUCAUCCUGGUCAGGCAAUGGUCAUGACCGAGGAAGAACUCGAGAAAGAAAUGAGUUCUACCAGGUUGAUGGCAGGUUAUAAGAAUCAUCCGACGACAACCGGUGGUAUCUCGACAUGGAUUUUAUUAAAUCCACCAUCGACGACAAUAAAGAGUCUCACCGACAACGAUCAACCUGGCACGACGAAACAAUCUGAGAACGAUGUAAGAUAUACUCUGAAGCCGAUCGUGACUCAUGGGAGAAUAGAGGUAAAGAAUACGAAGAACGAGCAAAAGGUAACGUCGCAACUACCAUCGACUGCCUCGAUAGAGAAAGUCAUCUUUCCGAGUACGAAGAAAGCUGCGAAUAACAGUACUUUGAAAAAAAGUAACGCUCCUGGUAAUAAUUCCUCGAAACAGGACGAGACCACUCAAUCUUUGGCUAAGUUAGAAGCCAUCGAAAGUACGACUUCCAAGAUAUCACGUACAACCGUCUCCUCUACUGCGGACAAUAAAGUAACGUCAGACUCGACGUCUUCAACUGCGACCACAAAAAAGAUUCAAAUUAUAAGAUCGACUCUAAAGGCAAAGCCCACGACGACUCCUAGACCCACUGUUCCAAAUAAAUUUGCUACAACAGUAGUUAAAAGACCUCAGCAAGGCAAACCUAAGCCGUCUCAGACGAGGAGGACAACCGUGAAACCUGACGUAUCGAAGAACGACAAUUCUACCACAGCUAAGGUUGAAAAAGUUACUUUCAAAGCAGUGCCGAUGAUUACAACGCCGCGAUCGAACAACGAGAUAACAGAGAAACCGAUAUUCGUCACCAAGAUCAAGGCGUCCGUUCUAAUGGACACUCAAAAAACUGCACCAAUCGCAACUACGAACGUUAAUGUUUCUACCGUUUCUAAAUCCAAUUUUUCGGAUGCCGAUCUAGUGGAGGUACCAAUCAAGUCGAAACCUCUUGGAACGAGCAUAAAUAACGUCUUGAAAGUGCAAUUGAAGAAGCCGAUCGAUGAAUCUACUCAAAUCGAAAUAGAACCGAUUAAAAUGAACCCGCCGGUUUUGACGAUUCAGAAAAUGACAGAGAAGAAGCCUGACAACGAUGUAACCGACAUUGGCUUAACUAAUCUCAAUGGUUCUAGCAUAGAUUUGAAAUUUGAUUUCAAUCCGGAGCUGACAAAGAUCAGUACCGAAGCGGAGAGUUUGGCAGAUUCAGUGACAACGUCCGCUCCAUCGUCUACGACAACGAAGCGGCAGAGAAACUCGAAUAAGAGGAAGAAGAACAAGAUUAGACGCCGAAGACCAUCGAGCACGACACCGUUAACAUCGACCACGAUUACAACGACCACUACAACGAUAGCUCCUGUACCGAUUGAAGAAAUAAACGAAGUAUCCGCCGAACCGAUUCUUUUGGACAACGCUAUUCAAGAAUCGAAGAUCGAGCCAGAAUCCAAAAUUACGAAUAAUAUUACGAAGACGAAGAAGAAGCCGCCUCAAAAGGGAAUCAGUACGCAGAUCUACAAUUUUCUUAGCAGAGAAGUAAUGCCCAGUUUUGGGGUAAUGUCCUUGCUCGGUCUUGGUCUGGGAUUAGCUUCCUAUUUUCUCUAUCCUUUUGGUGGAACAAUCACCCGAAGAAAUUACGAGGUGGAACCCAAUUACAAAUAUAAUUUGGACGAAUACGGCGGUAAUUACGGACAGAACGAAGAGGAAGUUUUGUCAAAAGUUCUGCAAGGUAUGACCAAUCAUGAGAAUAAAUUUGGUGCUGGAUCAGGUGGGCUCAAGGAUCUCGAUAAAAAUUACUAUCGUUAUCAACAUUUUGACGGUGCGUACGAUACUCAGUCGAUAAGAAGAACGGAUCAAAGAUAUCCUUUACCAUCGUCGUCGCCCAUUUACAAGCCAACGGAAAAUACAGCGUCCGUCUUAAAGUACCGUAAUACCGAUUACAGAUAUUCCGAAGUACAAACUACACCAACUUACUACGAUCCGCAAAAGCAUAACGAAUUUGUGGUUGGUCAAGAUAGUACAGGAAAUCGACAGUUCGUUGUCGGUAAUAUACCUAAAGAGUAUCCACCCUUUACCGACAAACAUCUUACUUUACCGACGUCCGACAAAAAGGGUCCCAACGUUUUCCACGAAUCAACGGAAAGUGGCUUGACGCAAUUCGAACGGGACAUCGCUCAAGGUCUCAACUUUCCACCCAAUUCGGUAAACGGACACGGAUACCAAUCGGAAACGCAAACUUUACGACCAGAGGAUGGUUACGAGGAGAUCGAGAUAACGCCUACUGCCGUAGCCGUUGAACACGGACCUAGAUCUUUAAAAAUAAAACGUUCGAUACUUAAUAGAAUGGACGUUAAUCGUUCUUCCAGAUCAAAAAGGGACUCUGUUAUUCAAAUAAUCCCGUCAAGACAUGAACUAGAGAAAGAACAAAAAGAAGAGGACUUCAGCAAUGAAAUUCUAGAUAUUAUUGACUCUGCUUUACCUGGUAGCGAAGAGAAAAAAAUAAUAGAUAACGAGGUUGACGAUUUUCUUUCAUAUAAGAAAAAACUUCACGGGGAAUCUCAACAGCAUCAUAAGGAAAUAGGUUCGAGAAACGAGGUCCAAACUAGUGAGACUGAAAACGAUACUAAUUCGAACAAAAAUGUAUUCGACGACACGGCGGAGACCGUAGAAAAAAUAACGACUGAAAAACAAAUUGAUAAAAUAGAAGAAUAUUCGAGCAAUGACUCUUUCGUAACUUCGACGUCUUCGUCGACGAGCGACGAGUCUGACACGACCGAACACGUGAAAGAUAUCGAAGAAACGACCGUCGAGUGGUUCGAAAAUACAACGACGAAGAAAUCGACCGAAGAAGAAGGAGGAUUCAAUAUCUUUAGUUUUGUUAAGAAAGUAGCAGAAAUUAAGUUUAGAUUAGGCUUGACGAUCUUGAAACACGCGAGCGAAGGUUUCGCGAGAUAUCUGGGACACGUGCAAAAGAGGAUCAAUGGCGAGGAAUAGGAUGGAACGUACGUGUAACGUUGCCUUUCGAAAGUCACAAGCAGAGAAUUGUAUGUGAUCGAAGACGCGACUAAAUUGUAUCGUCUCUUUUGAUGUCUCUUUACACGCUCCAGCGUGUAUGUUUUAUUUUGCGAUUGCGUAGAACCAGUUUUACACGUUUGUCUCAUAUCAGGCUUAUCUACGCGAGAUUAUACGACCGAUUGCAAAUAACUUAAUGACGGCGAAACUAUCGCAAUUAUUUUUCACAGUCGACUCGUCGAUCGAGUUUCAGGAAUAUCUUCUAAUAUUGAUAUAACGACCGAGAAAGUAUAACGAUAUCGAAACGAUGUGUUCGCAUCUAUUGGAAGUAGAUCUAGCUCAAUUCAAACGUUGACGCUUAUCACUGUGAAAAUAACGAACGAUGGUGCUUGGAAGUUAAUCGGGAGGGAGGGGGAGGGGGUGGAAUAACAGGAUUUAGUCGUUUACAUCGGAAUUUUAUGGUUUUAAAGAAAAAAAAGAAGAAAAAUAAAAAAAAAGGUUUAAGUUACCGAGAAAAUCGUAAGACACGUUUGAAAAGGUAAUGGGGUUUUUUCUUUUACAAGACUAUCACCAUGUUUAUACACACACAAACAUACGCGCACGCACACGUUGUUUUAUUGAAAAUUCACUUUGUUACGUUAUUUCGAUGUACGUGUGUUUCUUCCCUCUCGAUACGAGGAUAUAUAAAAAUCCAAGUAGUAGAGUUUUUAUUACGUACUUAUAAAUAAAUAAAUAAAUAAAUAAGUUAAAAUAAAUAUUGCUACGCAGUAUUCUGUGUCGUGUAAAUAAAAAUAAACUGUUGAAAGAAAUAUAUAUAAAUAUCGACGAGAGAGACAUUCACUCGAUAUUUCUACAACAUCAAUGAAUAAAUAUGUCGAAAUAAAUACGAUAAUAAAUAGCAAUAAAUUACCCGAAACAAUAAUCAAACGAA